GCCAAGUAUGGUUAGAAAUUUUUCCAAUGCUAACUGUACCACCAAUUGCCUUUUGCUUUGGCCAAAGGUGGUUCCCAAGGAGUUUGGUAUCUUAGACGGUUUGAUGAUGACUGUCCGUGCAACAACAGUGACACAAAAGACACUUGAUAGUCCAUAGAUGAAGGACUCUAGAGGGGUGUUGGGGACUGGCCAAAACAUCAUUCCCAGUUCUACUGGUACGACAAAGGCUGCUGGAAAAGUACUUCCAGAAUUCAACGACAAGCUUACUAGAAUGGUUUUCCAUGUCCCAUCCCCUAAUGUCUCUGUUGUAGACCUAACUUGUCGACUUGAGAAGAGUGCUUCGUUUUUACAAAGGAAGUACAGUUCAAAGAUAUGCUCUUCACUUUACAGGUUAGAGUAA